AUGAUCAGAAAUCCAAACUAUGCAAAUUUUGUUUGCUGUGCUGUUUGUAAUAAAGUAAUUCCACCACCCCCUCUUGGUGAAACCUUCAAAAAGAUCCAUGAAUACAAGCCAUUUAAGACACGCUUUUAUACUCACAAAGAUAUACUGGAUAUCGGAACAGAUAUUCUGAAUAGAGAAGAGCAUUUUCAAGAGCUCUUAACCAAAGAACUUAUUGAAAAAGCAGAAGCUGAAAUAUGGGCUAAGGCUGAAGAGCGCCAAAAACUAGCAGUGGAGAAAGCUCUUGAAGAAGCAAAUGACAGACACAAAAUUUUCAUUAAGAUUCUGGAAGAGGAACAUCAAAAAAACUUAGAGGAAAUGGCAGCAAAAACUAAGAAAGAAGUACACCAAGACAUGGAAGAUGAAAUGAAAAGGGAGCACAUGGCUGCAGAACAGCGCAUGGUCCAUAGAAUCCAAAGGAUCAUGAUGGAGUGCCACAGGGAAAAGGUUUUAGCUGUGGAGAAAGCCAGGGCUGAAGAAAGACUGAUUGCCGAGCAAGCAAUUGAGGCCCAGAAAAGGAAAGCGAUGGAGGAACUUUUGGCCUCUGGCAUGACAGUUAUUAAGGAUCAGAAGAAGAGUUUGAACCAAAUGAUAAAGGACAAAGAACAUGAGAUAAACAUCUACUACUGCUUGGCUCAGAAAAAGAAGCAAGAAGAGGCUCAGGAAGUGCUUCAAGAAGCAGAGAAAACGCAUCAGGCAUCACUUGAAAAUGUGAUGGACAAACUGGUGAACACUGAGGGGGAGCUGCUGUCUAUAGCAAAGCAACUGGGAGUUAUGACAAAUUGGAAAGAUUUUUUGGAGGAGGAAUUACAGGAAACAAGGGCUGCAUUUCAGAAAUACAUCAAUUAUACAUUUCCUAAGCUUUCUCCAGGACAUGCAGAUUUUAUUAUGCCAGAAAGAAAGAAAACACCUGUCAAUUUUGCUCAGGAGAAUGAGACAACUCAUGAUUAGAAGGCUUGGGCUGAAAUGUCACUACAAAACACAUUGUUGC